AACGCGUCCGGUCACGAAAUCGGUCCGACUCGCAACAAACCCGUAACAGCGCUGAACGUAGCAUGUGUGCGGCAGCAAGACAGAAAACUGACUGAAAAUCAGAGUUUUAUCGGCGACAUUAAAACUGAAAAAGAAAGAAACAUGUCAGAUGCUUUAAUCCAGCGAAUGAAGGAGCUGGAGGCAGAGCUGGAGAAGCUCAGGUCCCAGCUGAAGGGCAGCAGUGGAGCUGGAGCUGAACUGGAAGCGAUGUCCAGCCCGUCUCCUAAUGAAAGCACACGCUGCAAAUCUGAUGGCAGCACCAGCAGUGGCAAGAAGGACAGAAAGAAAGCAGGCAAAGAGCGUCCCUUUGACUUCUCCGGACACCCCCGGCGCCAUGUGGCUCUGCGGCUGGCUUAUCUGGGUUGGGCCUACCAGGGGUUUGCGGUUCAGGAGAACACAGACAACACUGUGGAGGCCAGACUCUUUGAAGCUCUGCUGAAGACUCGGCUGAUUCAGGACCGGCAGAGCUCCAAUUACCACCGCUGCGGUCGCACUGAUAAAGGAGUCAGUGCUUUUUCUCAAGUCGUAACCAUCGACUUGCGCUCCACACAGUUUUGUGGAGGACUGGGCAUCACGCUCCCUGAAAGUGUAGACGUUCCAACCAAAUCAAAAGCUGCAGCCUCUGAGCUCCCGUAUGUGAAGAUGCUGAACAGAGUCCUGCCGCUGGACAUCAGGGUUUUGGACUGGGCGCCGGCAGCAGACGGUUUCAGUGCUCGCUUUGACUGUCAGUCCCGCACAUACCGCUACUACUUCCCCCGAGGAUCCUUGGAUGUAGCACUGAUGGCAGACGCUGCAAAAAGAUACGAGGGCACUCACGACUUUCGCAACCUGUGCAAGAUGGAUGUUGGCAACGGAGUCCUGCAGUUUGAGAGGACCAUCUUGUCAGCCACGGUGACGCCUGUGCAGCCUCAGCACGGCUCCAGCACAGACCAACAUGACCUCUUCAUAUUUGAGAUUAAAGGAUUAGCCUUUCUUUACCACCAGGUACGCUGCAUGAUGGCAGUGCUUCUCCUGAUAGGGCAGAAGCUGGAAGCCCCAGAGAUCAUUAACCAGCUCCUAGAUGUUGAGAAGAACCCCAGGAAGCCCCAGUACAGCAUGGCCGUGGACUUCCCUCUGGUGCUGUACGACUGCCACUUCGAUGGUCUGAGCUGGAAGCAGGAGGCUGAGGAAGUGACUUACGUCCUGUCUGCGCUGCAGCAGCACUGGACGCAGAGCGCAGUCAAAGCCCACGUCCUGCACGGGAUGAUCCAGGCACUGGAAGCCAGAGGAGCUGCGUCCGCUGGUCACUGCUGGUUAGUCGAAGGCAGCAGGCAGAGAAAGUACCGGCCGCUGCUGGAGCGUCCGUGCUGCGAGAGCCUGGAGUCCAGGAUCAGCCAUUUUGUUAAGAGAGGCAGACUGGAGCGGGAGGAAGGGGAGAACGGCGGCGAGACGGUGCACCGAGGAAAAAGGUCCAAACAUUCCCACAACUCCUCCAGUCUGCCUGCUUCUUCUGAGAGUCCAAAACAGAGGACGGAUCAGGAAGUAGAAGACUAGUACUUACACUGGACACUGGACUGCCAGACUUAGGCCUUGUCCACACUAACGUGGAUAUUUCACGUUUUCCUGUUUUCACGUCUCAUCCACACAUAAACAAACUGAGAUGUUCUUCAAACAAACUCCCUUUUAUGUGCAUCUGUGUGGACGUGUAGUAAACGGAUGGUUCAUUUGUGUUGCUUCAUGUAAUAAACAGACUUCACACAACA